AGAUGUCCUCCACCAAGUCAAUCCCAGCUGAUGUGAUCGCCAAAUUGCAGAAAUUCGACGAGCUCAUCACAAAAUUAGAGGAUGCAGUUGAGGAAGUCGAUGUUGGAGUUGAAAAGCAUUUUGAGCGAUCCGCUCACGAAAUGGCCCUUGUCGACACGAUGAGCAUGUUCCUAAUGGACAGUUUAAUGUGGGCAGUUCAAGCGACAAAAGGUGGCGGCGCCGAUAAAAAUGACGAUUUAUUGAUCGAUUUGGCCCGCACAAAGCGAAUGACUGCCGAUAUGAAGGAGAUAAAUUUGCGGCAAGAUGCGCCACGGAUCAACAAGCAGGCCGCCGCGAAUUUCGUAAGAAACGCUCUCUGGGAGCAGCCGGAGCAGGGAGAAUCGUCGAAAAAAGCUGCCAAAUAGAUAAUUUAUUCAAAAUUGUUGAAUUUUACCUUGUUUUCCUGUAUUUUUUGUUGAAUUUUCCUCAUUUUUUCGCGAAAUUCUACAAAAUUCGCGAUAAAAUCUCCAUUCCCUUGAAAAAAUGCAAGUGCGCCCCAUCGC